AAUGUUUGCCAAUAAAUCAUAUUCCAAAGGGAAAGCUAAAAUCGGCAUUAUACAACUCAGAUGUACUGCAGAUAAAAAUGCUAAUUAUGAUAGUGCAUCAUAUUUAAUAAAACAGGCUGCUAGUCAGGGUGCAAAAGUUGUUUUUCUCCCGGAGUGCUGCGACUACGUAUCAGAAUCAAAAGAGCAAGCUCUGGAAUUGGCAGAAACCUUAGAUGGACCUUUAAUAACCAAGUAUAAGAGUUUAGCAAAAGAGCUGAGUGUUUGGAUGUCCUUAGGUGGGAUACACGAGAAAAGACUAGAUGACCCUAAACGAACUUCAAAUUGCCAUGUCAUAAUUAACAGUGAUGGCGAUAUUGUGUCGACUUAUCAUAAAGUUCAUCUUUUUGAUCUGGACAUACCGGGGAAAAUCAAACUAAAAGAAACCAAUUUCACGGUACCGGGUGAAAAAUUGGUCCUCCCAGUACCUUCUCCAGCUGGAUCAAUUGGGAUGGGAAUCGUAUCCUUUUUUCGUACAGCCUGUGUCUAUCAUCAAUUUCCAGGUAUAUCUGAAUGGUUACGACUACAAGGAGCCCAUAUACUAACAUAUCCUUCAACUUUUACGAUUGUUACUGGAAGGGCUCAUUGGCAUACUUUAAUGAAAUCCAGAGCUAUUGAGACUCAGUCGUAUGUUAUAUCUGCCGCUCAAGAAGGCCAGCAUAAUGCGAAAAGAAGCUCGUAUGGACACUCGAUUGUUGUUGAUCCAUGGGGCUCUGUCUUAGUAGAUUUAGAAACAAAAACACCUUCAUUUGGUGUUGUUGAUAUUGAUUUAGACUUCCUCAAUACCAAACGAAUCGAAAUGCCUGUUGAUGUUCAUAGACGAGAUGACUUAUAUGGUUCUUACGGUAUUAUCUCCGAAUCAGAAAAAACGUCAGAGCUAGAACAAUGGAUAGGUCUAGAAUCAGGAUAUUUUAAUUUUGGACCUGAUAUCAAGAUUGAAGAAAGAUGUUUAUUUUUCCAAACAAAACGAUGUGUUGCAUUUGUCAAUCUUAAACCAGUUAGGCCUGGUCAUGUGUUGAUUAGUCCUAAAAGAAUAGCAGCUAAAUUUACAGAUCUUUCAGCUGAGGAGAUAUCAGACUUAUGGUCCACAGCCCAAAAGGUUCAAAAGAUUAUGGAAACCGAAUAUGCAACCGAGAGUUCGACACUAGCAAUACAAGAUGGACCGGAAGCUGGACAAUCUAUCCCUCAUGUUCACAUCCACGUUAUUCCUCGUAAAUCCGGUGACUUUCCUAGAACUGACGACGUCUAUACAGAGCUUGAAAAGCAUGAUAAAGAUGAAAACAGACCAGCAAGGACGAUGGAAGAAAUGGAAGCAGAAGCUCAAAAAUUAAGAAAAUAUUUCUAUAAAAAUUGA